CGUUUCCCACGUCUCCCUCUUGCGGUAUUGGCCGUCUUCCUCCGCCCAAACAACAAAACAGAAAAAAAAAAGAAAAACCCAGUCAAAACGCCCCCGAGAAGAGGAGACCGUCGCUAAGCCAAAGCCAAGCCACGCGCGACCCAAUCCCCCGAUCCCUCCUCCCCCUCCCUCCCUCCCUCCCUCCAUGGCGUCGGAGAUCGAGGUGCUCGAGGACACCACCGCCGCCGCCGCCGCCCCGGCCGCCACCAUCGGAGGCGGAGAGGUCGCGGGCGCGGGCGCGGGGGAGGAGGGGGAGGCGGCGGCGGAUGCGGAGGCGCUCAAGGACGACGUGUACACGGGCGCGGCGUACGGGGACCUCGAGAAGCUGCACCGCCUCGUGGAGCGGGAGGGCCGGCCGGUGACGGAGCCCGACGCCCUCGGCUACCACGCGCUCCAGUGGGCCGCCCUCAACAACCGCGUCGCCGCCGCCCAGUACAUCCUCGAGCAUGGAGCAGAUGUAAAUGCUAUAGACCAUACAGGGCAAACAGCACUCCACUGGAGUGCGGUACGUGGUCAUAUUCAAGUUGCAGAACUACUUCUGAAAGAAGGAGCUAAGGUGGAUGCCGCUGAUUUAUAUGGAUAUCAGACUACACAUGUUGCAGCACAGUAUGGUCAAACAUCAUAUCUUUAUCAUAUUGUUGCAAAAUGGAAUGCUGAUCCUGAUGUCCCUGAUAAUGAUGGAAGAAGUCCUCUCCACUGGGCUGCUUAUAAAGGAUUUGCAGAUUCUGUACGCCUCCUUUUGUUUUUGGGUGCAUAUAGGGGGCGGCAAGAUAAAGAAGGUUGCACUCCUUUGCAUUGGGCUGCUAUCCGCGGGAAUUUGGAGUCAUGCACUGUGCUGGUUCAGGCUGGUAAAAAGGAGGAUCUUAUGGUGCAAGACAAUACCGGCUUAACUCCAGCCCAACUUGCUGCUGAUAAAAAUCAUCGGCAAGUUGCCUUUUUCCUUGGGAAUGCUAGAAGAGUACAUGAGAGAGGAUGUGGUGGGAACAGUUAUUUUGGGAAACUAUCAAAAUUAGGACUCGCCCCUCUUCUUUGGUGUAUUAUUAUUGGCUUAAUUUAUAUAUAUGUAUAUUCAGUUAUCUCAGGACAAUAUAGCAGUAAUAUGACAUUACUAUUUGGGUUAUUUUCAUGGUUGGGAAUUUUCCUUGCUACUGCCGGAUUGGUUAUGUUCUAUAAGUGUAGCAGAAAAGAUCCUGGCUACAUUGACAAGAAUACAAGAGAUGCCCAAAAUCAAAGAGAUGAUGAACCUUUGUUGAAGAGGGGUCUAGACAACCCUGAACUUCUGGCUGGCAAUUGGUCUCAGCUAUGUAUAACCUGCAAAAUUGUUAGGCCUGUACGCUCAAAACAUUGCUCUACAUGCGAUCGCUGUGUUGAGCAAUUUGACCAUCACUGCCCUUGGGUGUCUAAUUGCAUUGGAAAGAAGAACAAAUGGGAAUUUUUUAUGUUCCUGAUCCUAGAAGUUUCUGCAAUGAUUAUUACUGGUGUGACGGCCGUCAUAAGAGUAGUAGGAGACCCAGAUUCUCCUGCAUCAUUUGGUGGAUGGCUUAAUUAUUCAGCCACUAACCAUCCUUGGGUGGUGUCUUUUGUUGUGAUGGAUCUCUUUCUUUUCUUUGGCGUUAUAACUCUAACUGUAGUUCAAGCAUCACAGAUAUCCAGGAAUUUAACAACAAAUGAGAUGGCAAAUGCCAUGAGGUAUAGUUAUCUCAGAGGCCCAGGUGGCCGAUUCAGAAAUCCAUUUGACCAUGGGGUGCGUAAAAACUGUUCUGACUUCUUGCUGAAAGGGUACAAUGAGGAUAUUGAGAGGGUAGAACAGACAUUACAACCUGAUGAGGAAUUGGGAAUGAUUCAAAUGACAAGAAGUGCAGUCUCACAGAAUGGCGAGAGCAUGUCACUUCAUGCUAAUGGCACAGACCAUGGUUGUGCUGAUCCACAAGGGAACUCAAAAUCCCAUCGUCACUCGCACGGUUCAUCACAAUGUUGCAGUCACAGUAAGAGACCUGACAAGACCCCCUUGGGGCUAGGAUUGGGCCUUGGUCGUAACAACCCAUCUAGCCGCUACACACGUUCACUUCCUUCCAUUCAUUCGGAGAGUAGUGCUUAUUUGCCCUUGUGAUUCUUUUGGAGAAGGCGAGCUAGAUCGUAUUUCAACUUGUAGGUGUUUAUUGCACAACCACAGCUUUCUUUUGGCUAUUUCUUCCUGCAGUAUUUGUCGCUUGGAUCUGGUCUCAUCGACAUUGCCAGGGUGUGGUAUAUUUGGAGGCCCAAUCAACCGACUACUGAAAUUGAGAAUAUGAAGGAGAUGCAAGUUUUAUGAAGGCUUCAUGAACAUCCUUAGCCUCUCAGGAACACCAGCGAAUGUCUGUCUAGGCGUAGCAAUAUUUUUUGUGCAAAAGUGCAUCUUUGUACAAUGUCUCAACAUUUUGUAUGUACAAGAGGGUUAGCUGUCCAGAUACUAUGAUGUUUUCAAGUACAGCUGUAUAUUGGAAGAACUGUAAAUUUAUAUAGCGAAACCAAAUGCUGGCAAAUGUUUGUUUCUCUCCAUUUUAAUUUUGGCAACAUUAGAGUAUAGUCUUGGA